AUGACAUCAAAUAAUGCGUGGUCCAAGCUUCUAGAGGAAAAUGGAGAACUGAUAGAUCAUUGUUUGGUCCAGACAUAUGUGGUGUGUUGCAAAAACAAGGAUACAUUAAAUCAGUUUCUUAGUCAAUGUUGGCAGCUGGAAGAUGCUAAAAAGACAACGAACCUAGAACCCCUUGGAUAUUUUACUAAAGUUAUUACGAAUGAAGAUGAGACGAUAAGAUUAAAUAUAUAUUAUGCUAAAAGCUCUCUUGAACAACAGACUAUGACCUAUUUAAAGGUAUUUUUUAAUGAGGUAGAAACUGCCCAGAUCAGAUGGAUCUUUUUACUAGACUGGCUUGUUGAUGAUAAGAGACUGUGGCUAAGACAACUGUGUCAGUCGAUGUCGGCUAUACAAGAUGAAGAUAUCAAAAGAUACCAAGUUAGCUCCGUAGUGGUCAUGCUAAACUCAAGUCACAUACUUCAACUUGAGAGGAACACAAUGGUAUGGAAUUCAAGGAGGCUAGACCUUAUGCACCAGAGCAUCAGAUCUGUCUGCUUAAACUAUGGCGCAUCAUUAUUAACACUGGAUUACGACAAGAUCAACAAGGAUGAUAUAGCACAGAUCCGCAAUUUGAUAAUGGGUCGUGAAUACACAAAGGGUAUAGAAAUGUUAAGUCUCCAUAACCUAUUCAUACCCUAUGGCACGGACUCUGCAGGAAAAAUAUGCACCAUAGCUGCAGAUUUUCCAGUAUCCUCAGUAACAGAUGAAGAGUUUAUUGCAGGUACUUUUGAAACCACUAUUGCAGCUAGCAAAAUAAUAAACAGACCCUCCACUGUAUCUUCCUCAGAAGAUUCUAACGAUGAUAGGGCUAUCUCUAGAGACUCUAAAAACGAAUCUCGACCUACCCAUUGGGAGUUUAACCUUCAAAAUAAGUUGUCCGCGCUAUCAAAGGUCCUGGAUGAUAACAACAAAUUGAGUUCGGCUACGCAUCAUAGAUUCCAUAAACCGAAGACAGAAGACUACUGCUACGAAUUCCAACUGCCCACGAAGAAUGAAGCCAUCCAGAAUCUCAUCAGAUCUGGCAUGGUAGAGUCUUCUCAGAAUGACGUUUCCGAGUGA